AUGCCACCCCCGCCUCUCCCCUCGAUCUCGCGCAAACGCAAGCACUACCGCGACGACCAGGACCGCGAUGUGGGCUCCCGUUCGCCUGUACCCGAGAGCUCGGCUUCACCUAGCAGCCACGACGCAGGUGACAGCGAAUACGACCCUACACGCGGUGCGGGGAGCAGCUCGCGUGGCAUCCCGGGCAGUGGGUCUCGUGGCAAGCGCGCCAUCCAGUCCAAGCCUUCGAGCGGUGGUCCUCCCUCUGCAUCAGCAACCCCGACAGCUGCGACCAAAGUCGGUCCCACAGGCAGGCCCAUGUCACGGGAACAGCUGCGUAAAGCAAACCACUCGCUCAUCGAGCGUCGGCGUCGUGAGAAGAUCAACUCUGCGCUUGCCGAGUUGCGCGCCAUGGUCCCCGGCCUUUGUGACGACAGUGGAAAGGGCGGAGAGUUCAAGCUCGAGGUGCUUGAGCGCACGGUCGAGCACAUGCGGGAACUGAAGCAGCAAAUAGUGGACCUCGAGUCGCGUGUUAGUCACUCAAGAGGAGGGUCCAGGAGACGACACGACAGCGAGUCAAUGACAGAGGACAUGGACAUCGACAAGCCAGAGUAUGAGCAAGUGUCCCGCCACAGCCAUCGCCACCAGAGCCCGGCGAGCCACAAGCCGAGCACAACGUCGACCCCGCCGUCGCCUUCCAUGACCCCUCCGUCGGCGCGUCACGCGACCAUGAUCAUGUCGCCCGACCCCAACGAGACGGAGGCUGAGGCCGACCUUCCGCCACCUCUGACCUUGGCCAGCCGUCAUCCCAACCACAGCAACUCGGACAACACCACCACCGACAGCUCGACACACACUGCGUCACCACACCCUCCGUCCAUUGCGUCCUUGCUCGCCUCGACGACUCAGCCGCAAGCGCCCAGGACCAUGCCUGCGGCACCUCGCAGUGCGCCCAACCCGAACAUUUACCUCCCGUUCCCGACACCAUCUCCGACCUCGCCCUUUCUCACCUACCAAGGCGGCAGCGCAGCCUCCACCGCCUCGUCUGCGACCGGUCCACCCGAGCCCAGCCCGUUCAUGGCUCCGUUGCAGAACUUUUCGUUGUUUGGCGGUGCGCUCGACACGCCGCUCGACGGCCCGACAAAGCAACACCCCAGUCCACCCGACCUGACCAUGCCGGCUCCUCACCACUCGCGCGACAGGGCCGACCUGGCCCCCGAGGAGGCUGCCAACCUUUUGCUGGCCUUUUCGUCGCCCGACACCCUGCGUCCAGCCAAGACGGGCUCCACACCGCUCAUGUCUGCCCUCUCGAUGCCGGUCUCGGUCUCGCAGAGCCAAGGCAGGGAGCGGCGGCUCACCCUCGAGUCGGAGGAGUUUACGCUCGACGGCGGCGUGGCAAACUACAAGCACAGCAGCUACUCGAACAGCCACCACUCGCACCGCAAUGGACCGGUCCCACCGCGGACGCAGGGCAAGACGGCGCGUGACAUCCUGCGCAUGUAG